AUGUCAGUAUCGAGACCGCAGCUUUCGCUGUGGGAAAAGAGAGAUUUGGUCUUUCGCUUGUUAUUUCGAGCCCCGAUACAACUGGUGUGGAACUUCUUCUACGGCGUCCCGUUUGCUAUCGCGAGAGGCGUCUCGAUUCGCUUCUUCGCGUUCUGCGCCUACUACCGUUUCGCGCUAGGAUGCAUGCGAGCGCGCGAGAUACAAUUCCUGAUUCCUCCUUCCAUCAAGACGUACGAGAAAUGGAUUGCGAGGAAGCAAAAGCGUCACCCCGAGCUCGCCGACAAGCUGCAGAAGAAGAUUGAAAUGCUCCCCGCCAACGACGGCUCCAUCCUCUGGAUCGGCAACCGACAAAAGGCCACCAAGUUCGUCCUCUUCUUCCACGGCGGCGGCUACGUCGUGCCGCUUCUCCCCGGCCAUCUCGACUGGUGCUGGGAAGCGUACGUCGCCGGCGGUCCCGGAGCCCACGCCGAGGUGGCCGUCGCCGUCCUCCAGUACACGCUCGUCCCCGAGGCGCGCUACCCUACCCAGCUCCGCCAGGCCAUCGCGGCUCUGAACCAGCUCAUCCUCUCCGGCAUCGACCCGAACAAUCUGCUCGUCGGCGGCGACUCGGCGGGCGGCAACCUGGCGUGCUCCGUCGUCCGCCACAUCUGCCACCCAUGCCACCUCGAGAUCCCGGCGCUGCGCCUCGAGAGCCGCCUCGCGGGCGUGUUCUUGGUGUCCCCCUGGCUCACCAGCAAGACGACGGCGCCGGCCUUUGCGGAGAACAACUACGUCGACAUGCUCACCACGACGUGCAUGUCGCGCGCCGCGGUCGAGCUGCUUCAUCCGCGCUUCCCGGUGCGAAACAAGUCCGACGAGAGUGAUCUUGCCAUGGCGAUGCCGAUGGACAGCGACAUGGCGUGGGUGGAUGAGAUUUCGACGGCGACGAACAGCCUAUACAUUACGGGAGGCCAGCAGGAUGCUUUUCGGGAUGAUAUUCGCGCCUUCUCUGAGCACGUCAGCUGCGGGAAUAAUGAUUUGGAUUUACUUGUUGAAUUACCGGAAAGGGAGGCUCAUGAUUUCAUUUUGCUAGAGGGUCAGACGGGGCGUGUUGGUGAUGCCACGGCCGUGGCCCCCGUCGACGUGAUGCAUCCAGACCAACCCCCCCUCAACUGCGCCUACAACCGCGACGAUGUCGUGGCCGGCCUCACCCAAUACUACUCAGCCAUCACGCACAUGGCCUACAUCCCCUCAUCCUACGUCGACUUCCCCCCGCCAGGAGGCUGGACGGACGCCGACCUCGACGUCGGCGCCCUGCGCGCCCUGCGACGCUCCGAGGCCGUCAUCGAUCUGCUGCGCCAUCUCCCCUACCCCAGACCGAUGCACGACGGACCUCGUCCGGGCCCUUGGAACGUCGCACCACACACCAAGGCUGUGCGCUACCUCCGUCACAUGGGACACUUUAGCCAGUGGUCCGAUCGCGGCGACGCGGGGCUCCUCGAGCUGGCUGCCCUCCCCUCGCGCGACACGGGCGCUGCGCCGAUGGACCUGCCGCCCGAUAUCGUCUGUCUCACCUUUGGAGAGCACCACUCUGCCACGUCGCCCACGAGGCCGUACUGGUGGAUCGUAGACUGCGGCCGCGGUAUCCUCACGCCGUAUCAGGAGAGAAUGUACAGCGUCGGAAAGGUGCCGCGCAACAAGCCGUGGCGGUGUGUCCGGUCGUACUCUGUGGCGGACUACUUCUCGCAGCUCGUGUCGAACCUGGGCGUCCGGCUGUUUCCCGUGCCGCCGACUGAGGACGCCGACGCCGAGAUCCUCGACCCGCAUGCCCUCUCGAAGACGCCGGAGCCGGUGGAGAUUUAUCGCCGUUACGGCUGGGGCACCGGUGAUCUCCUAGACUUUGGACACGACGAGUGCAUCGUCGCGCUCCAGGCCUGGCGGCGCCGGCUGCACGAGGAAGAGCGGAGGAAGAUUGCUCAGGACGUGGACGAUGCGGACGAUGCGGAUUUCGAGAUGGACGACAGUGACGACGACGACGACGAUGAUUACGACGAUGACGAUGACGAUGCGGCGGCGGGGAGAGAAGCGGGUGAUGGGCUUGCUGAUGCUGUGGCGGAUAUGGAGAUGGAUGAUUUGAGCGCCGAGGUCGCUGCGUUGGGAGCUGACAUGAGCCCGGAGGAACGUGCAAAGUUUAACUGCAGAGAGAAUCAGUCGCACUUUGAGUGGAUUGACUCUGAAUGA